AAGGGUAAUGCCAAAGUCAAAGAAAAAUUUCGAGAAAGAAGGGAUUGAGAUCAACGAUGGUUCUUCUUCUUUCGAUCUAACUUUGCUCAAAGAGGCUAUCGACAACGUCCCAACAAAGAAGAAGAACAACAACUCGUUUGAUCUAACUUCGAUGUCUCUUGCAAUAUCAUCGUUGGAUCGUAAGUGCAGUAAACAACGGAGACUUUCAGCGAGAAAGAGAGAAAUCAAAUCAACGGCUGCGGAGAGGGAAUCUACGAUGCAGCGUUUGCGAACCCUUCUCAUGAUCUGCGAUAAAUACUCUUGUAAAAGUUAAUUAGUAAAAAAAAGAAAAAAGAAGUUAAUUAGGGUUAUAGGGAGAUUGCUUUGUUGCUUCUCUCAUUAAUAGGAUUUGUAGU